AAACACAAAAGCCUCUCUUGCAGAAGAAGUCUGAUAGAGACCACAAGAUGAGUUCCGCAAAUUGCAGCGACUGUCUCAGCUACUCACCCAUAAGCCCGACAAAUGGGCCAACCACACCCAGGAGGGGACCCCUUCAAUUCAAACAGAGGAUGACUAGACAGUUUAAAAGCAAACCCCCAAAGAAGGGAGUCAAAGGAUUUGGAGAUGACAUCCCAGGAAUGGAUGGUCUUGGCACUGACAUAACCGUGGUGUGUCCCUGGGAAGCCUUUAGCCAUCUGGAGCUGCAUGAGCUUGCUCAGUAUGGUAUUAUCUGAGACAGAGGACAGGAGGUUUCUUGCCAAAUAUGUGUCACCUGGUCUUGGAGACAACUAUGGUAUAGGAUCAACAUUAGCAAAUCUACUCAGAAUUUAAAUGAAUAUGAUGUUCCAGGAUCAGCAUGGUGACAAUGAUUCUGGAGCAACAAAGCAAUGAUGGCCCUGGAUCAACAUCAGCAAAUCUACACAGGAUUGAAAUGAUAAUGAUGUUCCAGGAUCAGGAUUGCAUUUACGGUUUUGGAUCAACAUUAGAAAAUAUAUACCGAAUCACUGAAAUUAUCAUUCUGGAUCAUCAUUCAUGAUAAACAAAGUCAAACAAAUCAACGAAUGAAGAUGAUCGAGGAACACGUCCUACAGCGACUGUGCACCAGAUUGUGUAUGAUAUUUUAUGUUCCCUUAUUUUAUUUAGUCUAUAUAUGGAGGAAUGGAAAAAUUUGUUGAAACAUUCUUUAUAUUUCUUUCACAAAAAGAGUUGAAACCGUUACAUGAGUCGAUGCCAGAGAGCUGUAAUGUGGCACCUAUUGAUUUGAGAGGAUUUAGAGAUGGCUCUAAAUGGAUUAGGACAUACUAAUCUGAAUUCUCAAUCUGAAGGCGGCUGCCCUGCGCUACCCUCUACGCUGUUUUUUUUAUUUGUAUUAA